UAAUGGUUUCAGUCCAGAGAUUCUCCGGCACUGAACCAGAGAACAACUGCACAAAAUCUCUCUGGGUGAAGCUGUCAUUUGCACUAUGAAAAUCUUCCUCUACUUAGCGGCCGUUGCUCUCUGUUCUGCGCAGGAUUUCGGUCACAUCGAGAACCUGCAGGUAACGAGUGGUGAUGGCUCCAUAACACUGGAGUGGGACUUCGUGGCAGGAGAUCCUACAUACAAGCUCCACAAGUACACUAUUCUUACCGAUAAUGACUUCAGCACUGAUCUCCGCUGUCCUGCUGCUCACUGUACAACCAUCAUAGACUACCUUGAUGCCUGCAAGGAACACACCUUUGAUGUAACUCCUGUUUUUGAUGACACAGUGAAUGGCGGGUCAGUUAACGGAGACACCUCCUCCAUCAGUGGAUUUACUAACGAUCUACCGCCGAGCUCCCCCUCCAACCUGAGGGUCCUCUCGGAGGACGACUCGGGUACAACUCUACAAUGGGACGCCCCCACCAAGAACCCAAUAUGUGUCCAGUCCUACAAGGUUUGCUACAGGCUGGAUAAGGACCCGACACCCACCUGUGAGACGACAGAGGACACCACCAUCACCCUGGCUGGUCUACAAGCCUGCGGCGAGUAUCACGUGACUGUGACGCCCGUGACGCCCAGUGAUACAGAGGGACCCCAGCUGGAGCAGGACGUCACUACCAGGGAUGGGGUACCCGGGACGCCCCAGGACGUGAAGGUGGGAAUUACUACCCAAAGUACAAUCGAACUGGAGUGGAACGACCCUGCCAUCAACCCUCUCUGUGUUCAGGAUUACUCCAUCACUUAUGGUGAAGUCGAAUCCCGACGCCGCUUCAGCUACCACCAGGUGGAGGACUUUGGUGAUGACUACGAUCACCACGCUAACAUCGGCCCCCUCGAACCCUGUACUGAGUAUCUCAUCAACAUAACUUCUAUCGGCAAGAAGGGCCAGGAAAGCGUCUCAAUCAGCAAACAGGCAGCUACCAAUGACACCGAGCCUUUGCCGCCCAAAUACGUUGUGGUGGACACAACCAGCGAGGACUCUAUCGAAGUGAGCUGGGCCGAAAACGAGGCUGACCGCUGUAUUGGUUUCUAUAUUAUCUGCUGGAACGACGACCAGUCUGCUGUCGAGACGUGUGUGAAUGUGACGGAUACCAGUGGCAAAUACACCAUCACCGACCUCCUCGCUUGUACCCAUUACGACGUCAGCAUCACUGUGGUCACCCCGGGAGGCAUCCAUAGUGAGACCGUCAGAAACUUCACCAACACUGGCGAAGCUGCACCUGGUCACGUGGAGGGCUUGAGUGUGGUCGAGGUCCACCCGACCUCUCUGAAGGUGUACUUCGAGGAGCCCAACUCCAACCCACAGUGUGUUGCUGGGUACGACAUCAUGGAAAUCGACCUGGACCAUAAUGCACAUACAACAAGACGACUGAACGAUAAAUACAGACUGGACACAAUCACAGGCCUCGAACCUUGCACUGACUAUGAAAUCAAGGUGCGCGCUUUCUCCAAGACUGGCCAGUAUGUGUCCGACUGGCAAGUGGUAGACCAGAAAACCUCCUGUGAAUAGUUGCAACAUCUGCUACAGGAGAUGAGUCAGCAGCGCCUACACCCUACUCUACAUCACUGACUACUGUGUCACACUCCGGUCCACUUCAUACUCAGCUCUAACACACAUCUACCUGAUUCUCAGCUGUCUUAGACACAAGGGAUUCACCGUUGUCACGGUUCACUUGUCUAAGGCCACAACACAGUAAGGAAAUUGUGUUACUGACGUGUAAGAGAAUUGUAGAUGAUUUAUGGUGAAAUUAUCAUCAGUAGUAAAUCACUUACUCCUUCUCUGUUAAUCCUCAUAUACAGCAUAAACCAAGAGACUAUAUCAGGUAUUGUAAUUAUUAACAUUCUAGAACAUCAAUAUUAUUAGUUUUGUCAACCUUGGUAAGGAACUUUUGGCAAGACGUGAUAACAAAGUCCCCUGAAGUAAAUCUUAGCACAAAUUACUCUUCAUCAACGUUAUGGUAGCAGAGGUAAACAUUGUUGUCAAGACGACUGUAACCUUCAUAACAUUUCCACCUCGGUACUUGGUAAACAUCCCUCUAAGAAAAUGUUUAUAUUUUCACAUCUUGUGAAAAUUGUUGAACUAGAUUUACAUUUUACAAUGCAGUGAUACUACUUGAAUAUUUUUACACCAUUGGUAGGAGCAUCUGCUCCUGUAGCCUUACUCAGUAUGGUAUAAAACUUUUCUCACAGGA